AUGAGGAUAGGGCAGCUCAACUUCUCUUGCAUUCCUGCUCUUCUUCUCCAGCUAAAUCUAUUUCCCUUUCUCAGCUCUAGAAAAGCAGACUCCUCUACCAGCUGCGAGCAGGUUCAAAGCCGGGUCUCGGAGAGGCCGAAUUUCAGCCGGCCGGGGCCUGGCCAGCCAUUCGGCUCCCUGCCCCCUCGCAGCGCGGCGGGGGGGCCGCACAGCUGGCCGCUGCUCGGAGAUGGUAUCAGGAAGCCGCCCGGAGGGCUGCUUUGCGAGAGCCGCUUUCGCCCCGCAGCAUCGAACCGCUCCAACGCCCCCAUCCAGCCCCCACCCCGCCAGCCGGGGCCGCCCGGCCCCGCCGCCGCGAAGCGGCAGUGUCCCCCGUCCCGCCACCCGGCCGGCCUGGCCUGGCCUGCCUUGCCGCCGAUCCUCGCCCUUCGCCCGGGCCCGCACCCGCCUCAGCGCUCCCCGAGGGACGCCCCUCAACCCCCCGCCUGCCCCCACGGCCGACAGGGCCCAGCGCCGCCGGGGAAAGGGGGCGCCGCGGCGGGGGAGGCGGCUUCAAGACGCCCGAGCCGCCGCCGCCGGGAGCGGGGGGGAAGCAGGGCGGCCGCGCCCCACGGGGGCCCGCACUCACCGCGGAGCGAGGAGAACAGACCGCUGCCGUUGGCCGCAGGGAUGUUGAGAGUAGAAGGCAAAAUCUACGGCAAACCAUCUUCUUCUCCCAGCGCAUCAUCAAAAAGCUUCUUGGCAUGGGGCAAAAUUGCACAAGGCUGGGGUAGCGAAACUAUCCAGUUUAAUGUCAUGGGAAAAUACUGGAGGCCUUUUCAAGCGUCGCAGUUUACCACCUGCACCGCUGCAGAGGAGCUCGUCCUUCAACACCCUUCCGCCUCUUUCUCCAGCGCUCACCUGAACCUACGCGCCCUGUGCGUAAUUCGCACCCGGCAGGAGCGGGGACACCUCAGGACAAGCCGAGACCGCACCAGAAACGCGCAGAACGGCGGCGCGUCUGAGGAUGGGCCGCUCGGCCUGAGGGCAGCCGGCGGGGCGGCUGCGGCCUCCCCUCAGGGCGGGCUGCGCGGGGCCGCGGCGCGGCCGGCAGGCGGCAGUGCAGCGCCGGCCGGCGAGGCCCUGACGGGGCGCCGCCCCUGCCCGCCCCGCGCCGCCGCCGCCGCCUCGGGCGGAAGCGAGGGCGAGCGGCGGCCGGUGCUGCGUCGCGAGGAGCGGGCAUGGGGCAGCCCGCCGGGCCACGGCUUCCGCAGGGUGACCCUCACCAAGCCCACCUUCUGCCACUACUGCACCGACUUCAUCUGGGGGCUGGCCGGCUACCAGUGCGAGGUUUGCAACUUCAUGUCUCAUGAAAAGUGCCUGAAGAAUGUCAAGAUACCAUGCUCUUGUAUUGCUCCCAGCCUUGUACGGAUUCCAGUUGCACACUGUUUUGGGCCUCCAGGACAUUACAAAAAGAAAUUUUGCACUGUGUGCAGAAAGUCACUAGAGUCACCUGCCUUUCGAUGUGAAGUUUGUGAGCUACAUGUGCACACAGACUGUAUCCUGUUUGCUUGCAGUGACUGCCGGCAGUGUCACCAGGAUGGGCACCAGGACCACGAUACUUAUUACCACCACUGGAGGGAGGGAAACCUUACUUCAAGUGCUCGUUGUGAAGUUUGCAAAAAAACCUGUGGCUCAUCUGAGGUGCUGUCUGGUAUGAGAUGUGAAUGGUGUGGCAUCCUGGCUCAUGCUGCUUGCUACAUAGUGGUCACACCAGAAUGUACUUUUGGAAGAUUAAGGAAUAUGAUUCUUCCUCCAAGCUGUGUGCAGUUAUUUUCUCGCAACUUCAGCAAACUUCACUGUUUUCGAAUAUCAGAAAAUUUGCAAACAGAAGGAGAUGAAGACGAUGAUAUUGAUGGGUCAACACAGGGAUCGGCAAAAGAUGUCCAAAUUUCAACAGAUUCAAGUAAACAAACAUUAAAGAUAUUUGAUGGGAAUGAUGCAGUGAAACGCAAUCAAUUUCGACUGAUUUCAGUUCCAAGGAUUGCAAAAAAUGAAGAAGUUGUGGAGGCUGCUUUGAGGGCAUACUACAUAAAGGAUGACCAGCAGGAGUAUGAGCUUCAGACCUUUUCGCAGCAGGCACUGCUGUCUGAUGAUGUUAUCAACAGGAAUGAUGCUGCAGAGGAGAGCAACUUGGUCUCAGUAUUCCGAGAAUCUGUUCCUGAAGCUUGGAUCAUCAGAGCCAAACCAAAGGGCGAGGAAGUGAUCAGAAUUUAUCCUGCCUGGCUGAAGGUGGGAAUGGCAUAUGUUUCUCUGCGAGUAAAUAAGGAUAGUACUACACAGACUGUCAUCAAAGAAGUGCUUCCAUUACUUGGAAAGCAGACAGAGUGCCUCCAGAAUUUCAAAUUGGUGGAAGUGCUUAUGGGCAGUAAGCAAGUUCAGCGCAUGAUCUUGGACAAUCAGGAACUGAUUCUUAACAGACUCAAGGACAUAAGAAAGACUUCAAUACGUCAGAUGAAUCAAACAAGAUUUUACAUUGUGGAAAACAGUAAAUCAAUUGUACGAGUAAAUUUAUUUGUUGGUGGACUUCCACCUCAGCUUUCCCCUGAAGAAUACACAAAUAUUCUCAAGGAUGAAUUAGCUAUCAAAACAAAUGUAGUAUCUGUGAGUCAUGUUUAUCAAGCACAAGGUGCUGUUGUACUCGAAAUUUCAUGCUUUUCUGAAGCUGAAAGAAUAUAUAUGCUAGUUAAAGAUACAACUGUCAAUGACAAGCCCCUGAAUGCCGUGGUGAUUCCUGAAGUUAUGGCUUCCAAGAUACCACAGAACUGCUGCCCACUUCUUGUAUUUGUGAAUCCAAAAAGUGGUGGUCUAAAAGGUCGAGAUCUGCUGUACAGUUUUAGAAAGCUGCUAAACCCACAUCAGGUCUUUGAACUUACCAAUGGUGGCCCACUGCCUGGGUUUCAUGUGUUCUCUAAAGUCCCCUCUUUCCGAGUGCUGGUGUGCGGAGGGGAUGGCACCGUCAGCUGGGUCCUUGGUGCACUGGAGGAGAUCAGGCACAAGCUGGUGUGCUCAGAGCCCUCAGUAGCAAUCUUACCUUUAGGAACAGGUAAUGACUUAGGGAGGGUCUUGUCCUGGGGAGCUGGCUACAGUGGGGAGGACCCCUACUCGAUUUUGGUUUCUGUGGAUGAGGCGGACGAUGUUCUUAUGGAUCGCUGGACUAUCCUUUUGGAUGCAGAAGAGCCAGCUGAAGGCACAGAGAAUGGCGUUGCAGAACCUGAGCCUCCAAAGAUUGUACAGAUGAACAAUUACUGUGGUCUUGGCAUUGAUGCAGAGUUGAGCUUGGACUUUCAUCAUGCUAGAGAAGAAGAACCAGGGAAAUUUAACAGCAGGUUUCACAACAAAGGAGUUUACGUGAAAGUUGGGCUGCAGAAGAUAAGUCAUACCAGAAAUCUUCGUGAAGACAUAAAGCUUCAAGUGGACCAGCACGAGGUGGAGUUACCAAGUAUAGAAGGCCUCAUUUUUAUUAAUAUACCCAGCUGGGGUUCCGGAGCCGAUCUCUGGGGGUCAGAGAGUGAUAACCGCUUUGAGAAACCACGUAUCGAUGAUGGCCUGCUGGAAGUUGUUGGUGUGACUGGCGUCGUUCACAUGGGUCAAGUCCAAAGUGGUUUUCGAUCAGGAAUCCGCAUAGCCCAAGGCUCAUAUUUUCAUGUAACACUCCUAAAGCCAAUUCCAGUUCAAGUUGAUGGAGAGCCCUGGAUUCAGGCCCCUGGCCAGAUUAUUAUUUCUGCUGCAGGACCACAGGUCCAUAUGUUGAAAAAAUCCAAGCAGAAACAGAAAAAAACUGGAAGCCUGAAAGAGAUGAAAGUGGAUAGCAUGUCAGUCUCUGAAGGAGGACGCUAAGUGGAGACCUGCGCUCAGAAGUGAUGCAGCACACCUACUGUAGAUACCAAGAUGGUUCAGUAAAACCAAGUGCAGACAACUAGUGAAGAGGGUUGCUUAUGAGCGUGCCUUUCAUUACAUUUUUAUAGUACUGGGUUCUACUUCGUCUUUCAAAGAUAGUGCCUCAUUGUAACAAAUAACUAUUAUGUACCACUUGUCUCAUCUGAAAUGUUUACUUUGGGUUGCUUUUCCAUAAGCCAUUUCCCAGUUUUUCAUGUAUAUAGAAACUAAGGCCAAACAGAGAUUCCAAGAUGCCAAGAUUUCUGCAUCUACCUUCACAAAGACUCUUUCCCUCCUCCCAGCUUUUUCUUAAAGAAAAUCAUUCCAUAGAUAAAUUUUAGUGCAUUGUUCCGUAAAUGAAAAUGUGUUCCUUUAAAUUAACGC